UUCAUCAUCAGUUUUCGAUAUACAUGUAAUCUCUGCCUUCAGCCAAAAGAAAAGAGGAAGAGGACGCGCGCGCACGCCAGUCCAGGAGGCGGAGCUCCGAUUCCCUCCCAUCCCAUCCCGACCAUGGCGCGGCCCGAUCAAGAGGCAAUCGAGACCUUCAUGAGCAUCACCGGCGAGCCCGAAGCCGUCGCCGCCCGGAAGCUCGAGGAGCACGGUGGCAACCUAAAUGAAGCUGUCAAUGCACACUUCAGUGAAGGAGAUAGAAACAUUGUGAAUGCAACAUCCAUUGCACCUCAAGAAGAUCCCAUGGAUAUUGAUAAUCCUGUUCAAGAACAUCCAGAACCACCCCUCUCACUCCUCCCGGCUGCUAGAGAAAAUUUCAAUCCUUACUCUCUUCUCAAUGAAAGACUCACAAGGAGUUUGCUUAGUGCCAGUUCUGAUUUUGAGCAACGCCUGCCAUUUGUCACACAUCCAAGGAAUGUCAGGCAAAUCCCCAUAGAGGUUAAGGAUGGCGAUGGGUCAUCUGAUCAUUCUGGCAGGGGUCCCACCAUUGAGGAUGUAACUGGUACUGAACAUGAUCAGGGUCCAGAAGUUCGCGGACCUUUUAUGGUUGAAGAAGGAGAUGAUGUUCCAGCUGAAUCAACUGCACGUGCGACACGAGAAAAUGAGGAUACUGAGGAUUCUCCAGGUGUCAGUUCCCAGAAUAGAAACGUGGGGCCAAGUCCAUCUGGGUUUGACAGCUUGCCAGAUUACAAUGACAUUGAAGAAGAAAUGAUUAGAGCUGCCAUCGAGGCAUCAAAACGGGAUAUUGAGGGAAGCGACCUUUUCCAAAAUGAAUCAAGUGAACGUGGUCCUCCACAAAGGCAAUCUCAGCUGGAGGAUCCUGAACUUUCCCAUGCCGUUUCAUUGUCCUUGAAGCAAGAACAAGCAUUGCAUGAGCGAAGGGAUGACCCUGGAGACUCAAAAGCAGUGGAUAGCAAUAGUUCAGAGGUAGAACUGCGCAAAUUAGCUUCAUCAAAUGGGAGGCUGGAUGCAGGAGGACCAUCGAACCAAGAUGAAGUUGAAGAAGUGGAGCAACCUCUCAUUAGGCAAAGGCCCAGGCGCCGCUCUGCCCGUGCUGCUGUUGUUGUCCAAGAAAUUGAGGAUGAUCCACCCCCUUCAGAACAGAAUAUUCAUAAUCAACAUCAGCAUGAUGGAAGUGCAUUCCCUUCUGAUGCGUGGGGUGGUAUCUCCUCUGAGGAACAUGAUGAAGCAGUUAUGCUUGAAGCUGCAAUGUUCGGUGGAAUUCCUGAAGGGACUGGAUAUGAUUAUGCUUAUGGACCUCAUCAAUUCAUGCGAGGUGAUAGUCUUUAUCCCCGGCGACCACCUCAACCUCCAUCGCCCUCUCUUGAAGCUCAGCGCUUAAUAAGGGAACAACAGGAUGAUGAGUAUCUCGCAUCACUGCAAGCUGACCAAGAGAAGGAAAUGAGGGCCAAGGCAGAAGCUGAAGCUCGUCGUUUGGAAGAGGAAGCGGCCAGAGAAGCUGCUCUUGAAGAAGAAAGAAGAAAAGAGGAAGAAUCUCGCAGGAAGUUGGAGGAGGAGCAGGAAUUUGAGAGACAACUAGCUGCAAAGGAGGCUUCUCUUCCUCAGGAACCCAUGCCAGAUGAUGAAAAUGCGAUAACCCUCCUAGUGAGAAUGCCAGAUGGCAGCCGGCGAGGCCGACGGUUCCUCAAAUCUGAUAAAUUGCAGUGUCUUUUUGACUUCAUAGACAUUGGUAGGGCGGUCAAGCCCGGUACAUAUAGGCUGGUGAGGCCUUACCCGCGGCGUGCUUUUACCGAUGGUGAGAGCACAUUGACUCUAAACGAGCUUGGGCUUACAAGCAAACAAGAAGCGCUGUUCCUUGAGGUGAUUUAGGGCGAUGCCCAUGAUACUGUAGCUUCUUGAAUUAUGAAACGCUGGUUUUUAUCUGGGUUUGAGCUGUUGGAUCGAUCAAUAGGAACUUUGAAGUGGCAAGAAUAUUUGUUGACCGAAACGCAGAUGGUUACAAAAUUUGUUGAUGUACUGAUCGCAUCGCAUUGUCGAGCACAGUUUCCUCUUGUACUUUGGGAGGGUUCUUGCUUGAGGUUAGGCGUGCUGUUAUUGAUGGCAUGCUUGAGCCAAUUAGAAACCGAAGCUUGCAAAA